UAUGGCUUAUUAGCAAAGUUUUCCUGCCGGAUAUGCAGAGAAAAGCACGCUGAGUUGCGGAACCCAUGACGUCGCAUACAUGUUUUUAGCAGUUGAACGUACAGUAUUUGCGCACGAAUCUUGCCAUGCCAAAUUUAACGUAUUCCUCGGAGAAUCGUUUUCGAAAACAUUCGUGACCUUUCCUUAGAGGCCGUCUCAACUUUUGUGCAAUCUUUUGCAAUCGGAAAAAUCCACAACAAAUCAAGUCAGUGAAAAUCAAGAAAACAGUCAUGCUGUUAGGGCGGUUUGCGCCAGAGAUCAGUGCUGCAUAUUAAAGUCCAGUGAUUACAAUGUAAAUUCCGCAUGAGUUUACUGUCACAGGAAUUGCAGUAUCCUGUUAAAAUGGCUGCCAAUAUGACACUCAAUAAUACAACGCCGGCUGCCGGUGAUCCGUUAGCUGCAUGGAUAAUGAUCCCGAUUACCAUAACGACACUGGCAGCCAAUGUUCUUCUGAUUACACUGUACGCCAAAUCCAGUCACCUGCACACACCUUUUGCCGUGUACAUUGUCAGUUCAGCCAGUGGUGACAUUGCGCAAGCUUUCACUGUCCACAUCCACAGCAUCGUCACUGUGUUGUCUAUUAAGUGGCCUUUCGGUCAACCAUUCUGCACGUUCAUUCUGUACACGACUUGGCUAUUCGUCUCUUUUUCUUACCAUAUGCAUGUCCUGAUUUGUGUUAACCGUUUAUGGGCGGUCAUGUUCCCGGCGCAUUAUCGACAUUAUCAUGAUCAGAAAGUCGCGAUUUUUCUGGUGACUGGAAUGCUGGUAUACCUUAAUCUGUGGAUAUUGCCAGGGUUCGCCAUUCAUGUCAUGUACUAUGCGGCGGCCGAUGGAAUACCGGUGUGCAUCCCGAGUUACCCCGACCAACUGACGUGGUCAAAUUCAACGUACGUUGCGCUGUACAUAGUCCCCGAAUCAGUAAUUCUGGUUAUUUAUCCAGUGAUACUUAUCAGAAUUUAUUGGAGGACAAAAUUUCAUGCUAGAAACAGGGCGGUUCGGGAUGUUACGGAUUCAACCUCUGCGCAGAGAAAAAGCUUGCCAUCCAGCAAGCAAAAUUCAUCGGGUAGCGUUAGUAUCCCGUUCAGCAUCAAGCGAUCAAGAACGCCCCGAGCCCACUUUGCGCUGCUGACCGCCUUGGUGUUACUGGCGGUAGCUUGCUGGACACCCGUAUCGGUGGCGUACGUUUUGGUGUCGUUUGAGGGACUGCUGCUUUACAAUAUCAUGACUCCGUGCACUAUUGUUUACUUUCUCGAUGGACUACUGAAUCCUGGAAUAUUUCUUUUGGCAUCCAGAGAAUGGAGGGAAACAAUGCGAAAAAAGUUUUCGUAA